AUCUUUAUUUUGUUUAAAUGAUUUUUUUUUCUGAAUUCAAUACAUGUAUACAUACAUGUAUAUGUAUCUAAAUAUAUGGACAUUAUUAAUAAACUUAAAUAAUUUUAUAUUAUAAAGUAUGAAAUAUACUUUUAUACGGUUAUUAUUAUUAUUAUUAUUAUUAUUAUUAUUGUCACAGAAGACAGUUGGGUUUGAAGACAUCAAAUUCACGUAACCACCUACGUUUGAAGUUUUUCUCCGUGUCAGUCACUAAUCAAAGAUGUCCAAACCGAAGUUAAUAGUGUUCGACCUCGAUCACACCCUCUGGCCAUUCUGGGUUGACACUAAUGUUGAUCCACCUUUUCACAUCGAUGACAGCGGCACUGUGUGGGAUUCAAGACGUGCCAAGGUUUCCAUUUAUGACGAUACUGAAAAGAUCCUGAGCUCACUCCACAGUCAGGGAUUCAAGAUCGGCAUUGCAUCACGAACCAGCGAGACGGAAGGAGCCAAUCAGCUGCUCUCACUCUAUAAACUCAACCAAUACAUCUCCUUUAAGGAGAUCUACCCAAAGGUCACUCACUUUAAAAGGCUGAAAGCUGACAGUGGCGUCCAGUUUUCUGACAUGAUGUUCUUUGAUGAUGAGGAUAGGAACAUCGUGGAGGUUGGAAAGCUAGGUGUUCACUGCGUGUUGGUUUGUAAUGCGAUCACCUCUGAUCUAGUCAGUAAAGCACUGGAGCAGUUCAGUAAGAAGCAGUGAUGGCGUCUGAGAUGCAGCUGCUGCAAAUCAAGAAGAAUCUGUUCGCUGUGCAAAAAAAGGGAUGUGUAUAGAGAACUAGGAGUGUUAUUUCUGUGUAAUCAACCGUCCAAUGAUAGUUUUUAACUUGAUUGACAAAUGUAUUUGGCGAAAGCUUGAAAAAUGCAAUUUUUGGUAAAUUUAUAAUGCAGUUUAUUUAUAUUUUAAUUUUUCAGAGUAUAAAUUGAUGAUUGAUUUAAGUGGCACACCUAGUCCUCCGUAUAAAUGCACCUGUGCUUAUUUUUUUAUCUAAUAAACCCCUGGUUUCACAGACAAGGAUUAAGCUAGUCCUAGACUAAAAUGCAUGUUUGAGCUGUUUUAACUGAAAGCAACUUGUAUUGACAUCUUAGAAUAUGUCAGAACCAUUUGUUUGGGUUCAAGAUGCACACCAGUAAUUAUGAAAGCUACUUAAAUAUCCUAAAUUGAACUAAUGCCUAAUCCUGGCUUAGUCUAAGCCCUGUCUGUGAAACCGGGCCAAAGACUGUUAAGUUAAAUUUUUAACUAUACAGCUCGCACAAUUUGUAAAACAAAAAGGUCAGUGUAUUUAUUGUUAAUGUAUGUCACAUUUAAAUAUGUUCAGUACAGAGACUACAAUAGAAAAAAUAUUUUAUAUUUAUAAAACAUAUACAUGGCAUCCAA